AUGAUAGAAUCUCAUCCCCCUAUAGUAAUUGAAAAUGCUUCUUGCAAUAUAAGAGCUGGAAUAGUUGGAGAAGCAGCUCCUAGAUGUUGUUUUCCAACCCAAGUUCUCAAAUUGCAGGAUUCUUAAUAAAACAAAAUCUUAAUUGGAAGUCAGAUUCAAAAACACCAAUUAAAUUGUUAACCUUGUUAUCCAAUUUAAUAUGGGUACAUAAUGGAUUGGGAGGCUAUGGAAUAGAUUUGGCAAUAUAUUUUUGAGGUCUAAUUAUAAAUUUCACCUUCUAAUCAUCCUGUAUUAUUAACAGAAGCACCAAGAAAUCCUAAAUUGAAUCAAGAAAAGAUGACAUAAAUCAUGUUUGAAAAGUUUGACAUUCCCCUUCUUCAUAUAUCCAACUAGACUGUGCUUUCAUUAUAUUCAUUAGGCAAAACUACAGGUGUGAUAUUAGAUUCCGGUGAAGGCACCACACAUUGUGUACCAAUAUAUGAAGGAUUCCAAUUGAGACAUUAGCUAUCGAGAUUGGACGUGGCUGGGACUGCCUGCACUAAUUAAAUGUCAUAAUUGUUGAAAGAUUAAAUUCUGAAAAUGUAUACCCCAUUAUAAAAGAAUCGGAUUGCAAAGACUAUUAAAGAAUCAUUAUGCUAUGUAGCAUUGGAUCCGAUUUCAGAAGAGAAUAAAUAUCAAGGAAAUACAUAGCACUCAAGCUAAUACAUUUUACCUGAUGGAAAUAAGUUAGCCAUAAAAGAACAGAAAUAUCAAUGUCCAGAAAUUUUAUUCAAUCCGAAUAUGGCUGGAUAUGAAUUACCAGGAAUUCAUUAAAUAACUUAUCAGUCAAUUUUUAAAUCUGAUAGAGAUUUAUAGUAAUAACUUUAUAAUAAUAUUGUGAUUACUGGAGGAACAACUUUAUUCCCUGGCCUUUAAGAAAGACUGCUUAAGGAAAUUGAAAAUCUAGUUAAGGAACCCUAUCGAACUAGGAUUAUUGUACCUCCAAAUAGAUUGAAUUCAACUUGGAUUGGAGGAUCUAUUUUGUCUACCUUAACGAACUUUAAACCGUUUUGGAUCACAAAGCAUGAAUAUGAAGAGUUUGGACCUUAAAUUGCUCACAUUAAAUGCUUCUGA